AAUGUUAAGCUCAUUUCGAAAACGUGCAGAAUUGGAAACUUCUACAAUAAACCGACGGAUAUCUGUGAAAGACCUCGGACAAGGAGACUUUCAGGGCUGGAUGUAUCAACGUGAGAGGAAAAGCCUGAUUGGGGCAAAUUGGCCGAAAAGGUGGUGUGUUCUGAAAAAGAACGUUCUGUUAGUAUAUAAAUCCCAAGAAUCAAAUGAAGCUCAUGCAAGAUGCAUAAUUUCUAAUGCUGAUUUUGUAAGUCCUGCUAAAUAUUUAUAUGCUUAUUCUUUUUUUUCUGAAAAAAGCGCAAUUGAAAUCGGACAAAAAAAUGAUCCACAGAAAACUGUUUAUUUUGCUACUGCACAAGCUGAUUUCCACAAUUGGUUGUUAAAUUUACAAGCUGCUCAUACUCUUUAUAAGAAAACCGAGGAAGAAGCUGACAGAGAUGAGGCAUAUAGUGAUACGGACGACGAAUCGUCCAAUAGAUCCCAAAAGUCAGUUACUUCUAGUAGAGAAGAAUUAGAUGAUAUGGGUACAUCUGAGAUUAUACAUCGUCGACAACAAAAAGUUGAAUUAGAAGAGAAAAAGAGCAUGUAUGAAGAAAAACUAGAGAGUAAAAAAGCAGAACUUGGAUAUAUUAAUAAUAUUUUAGAAUCAUACCAAAAUGAUACUGGAAGGUGCAAAGAACUUUUGAAAAAAUAUAGUCUACAGUAUCUUAGAGGAGUUUCCAAUAAUCGUGAAAAGAUAACUUCCUCUAAUUGCGAUGAUGAGUCGCAAUGCUAG